CAAGGGGACGCGCGGCCUGGGGGCGGGGCCGCAGAGGGCGCGGGCUGGGAAGGGGGAAUCCCGCCCCGCCCCUUCCGCGCAGCGCCGGGGCGCAGCGCAAACAUGGCGGCGGCUGGCAAGGGCCGGUGAGGCGGUACCGGGCGGGGGUUGUCGGGUGUCAUGGGCGGUGGCGGCGGCACCGCCCCCGCGUCUCCCUGAGCGGGACGGCAAGGGGGGCCUCUGCGCCGAACCGGGAGAUGGACGAGAGCAGUGAGCUGGGCGGUCUAGAGACCAUGGAGACCCUCACGGAGCUGGGCGACGAGCUGACCCUGGGGGACAUCGACGAAAUGCUGCAGUUUGUCAGCAAUCAAGUGGGAGAGUUCCCUGACUUGUUUUCAGAGCAGCUGUGUGGCUCCUUCCCUGGCGGAGGUGGCAGUGGCAGUGGUGGAGGAGGCGGCAGCGGCAGCGGCAACGGCAGCGGCAGCAAUGGCAGGGGCAGCAGUGGUGGGGCCAUGGAGCCCUCAAUGCAGCGGUCCUUUAGCCAAGUUCCGUUAUCGUCCUUCUCUCCACCAGCUGCCUCCCCUCAGGCUCCAGCCCUGCAAGUCAAAGUUGCUCCUACCACAGUUCCUACCCCACCAAGGGCAACGCCUGUCCUCCAGCCUCGGCCCCAGCCCCAGCCUCAGCCUCCAGCCCAGCUGCAGCAGCAGACAGUAAUGAUCACCCCAACAUUCAGUACCGCGCCUCAGACACGGAUCAUCCAGCAGCCUCUGAUAUAUCAGAAUGCAGCCACCAGCUUUCAAGUCCUUCAGCCUCAAGUCCAAAGCCUGGUGACAUCCUCCCAGGUGCAGCCAGUCACCAUCCAGCAGCAGGUGCAGACGGUACAGGCCCAGCGGGUGCUGACACAAACGGCCAACGGCACACUGCAGACCCUUGCCCCGGCCACUGUGCAGACAGUUGCCGCACCCCAGGUGCAGCAGGUCCCGGUCCUGGUCCAGCCCCAGAUCAUCAAGACAGAUUCCCUUGUUUUGACCACACUGAAGACAGAUGGCAGCCCUGUCAUGGCUGCAGUCCAGAACCCAGCCCUCACUGCCCUCACCACCCCCAUCCAGACGGCGGCCCUUCAAGUACCAACCCUGGUGGGCAGCAGUGGCACCAUUCUGACUACCAUGCCUGUGAUGAUGGGUCAAGAGAAGGUACCCAUUAAGCAGGUACCUGGGGGGGUCAAGCAGCUCGAGCCCCCCAAAGAAGGAGAAAGGCGGACAACACACAAUAUCAUUGAGAAGCGAUAUCGCUCCUCCAUCAAUGACAAAAUCAUCGAGUUGAAGGACCUGGUCAUGGGGACAGAUGCUAAGAUGCACAAGUCUGGUGUUCUAAGGAAGGCUAUUGAUUACAUCAAAUACUUGCAGCAGGUUAAUCAUAAACUGCGCCAGGAGAACAUGGUGCUAAAGCUGGCAAAUCAAAAAAACAAGCUCCUGAAGGGCAUCGACCUAGGCAGUCUGGUGGACAGUGAUGUGGACCUGAAGAUCGAUGACUUUAAUCAGAAUGUCCUUUUGAUGUCCCCCCCAGCCUCUGACUCGGGAUCUCAGGCUGGCUUCUCCCCCUACUCCAUUGACUCUGAGCCAGGAAGUCCUCUUUUGGAUGAUGCAAAGGUCAAAGAUGAACCGGACUCUCCUCCUGUAGCGCUGGGCAUGGUGGACCGUUCACGGAUUCUGCUGUGUGUUCUCACCUUCCUGGGCCUCUCCUUUAACCCCCUGACUACCCUGCUGCAGUGGGGAGGGGCCCAAGACUCAGACCAGCAUCCGUACUCAGGCUCUAGCCGCAGUGUGCUGUCAUUUGAAUCAGGUUCUGGGGGCUGGUUUGACUGGAUGAUGCCAACGCUCCUCCUGUGGUUGGUAAAUGGUGUGAUUGUCUUGAGCGUCUUUGUGAAGCUGCUGGUCCACGGGGAACCAGUGAUCCGGCCACACUCACGCUCCUCGGUCACCUUCUGGCGGCACCGGAAGCAAGCGGACGUGGACCUUGCCAGGGGGGAUUUUGCAGCUGCUGCAGCCAAUCUGCAAACCUGCCUGUCAGUUUUGGGUCGGGCACUGCCCACUUCCCGCCUGGACCUGGCCUGCAGCCUUUCCUGGAAUGUGAUCCGCUACAGCCUGCAGAAGCUGCGCCUGGUGCGCUGGUUGCUCAAGAAAGUCUUCCAGCGCUGGCGAGCCACCCCGGCCACCGCAGCUGGCUUUGAGGAUGAAGCUAAGAGCAGUGCGCGGGACGCGGCCCUGGCCUAUCACAGGCUGCACCAGCUGCACAUCACAGGGAAGCUCCCUGCAGGGUCUCCGUGUUCAGAUGUGCAUAUGGCUCUGUGUGCGGUGAACCUGGCGGAGUGUGCUGAGGAGAAGAUCCCACCAAGCACGCUGGUGGAGAUCCAUCUGACUGCCGCCAUGGGGCUCAAGACCCGGUGCGGAGGCAGGCUGGGCUUCCUGGCCAACUACUUCCUCAGCCGCGCCCAGAGCCUGUGUGGGCCUGAGCACAGCGCCAUCCCAGACUCUCUGCGCUGGCUGUGCCACCCUCUAGGCCAGAAGUUUUUCAUGGAGCGGAGCUGGUCGGUGAAGUCGGCGGCCAAGGAGAGUCUGUACUGUGCCCAGAGGAACCCGGCCGACCCCAUUGCCCAGGUCCACCAGGCCUUCUGCAAGAACCUGCUGGAGCGAGCUGUGGAGUCCUUGGUGAAACCUCAGGCCAAGAAGAAAGCUGGAGACCAGGAAGACGAGAGCUGUGAGUUCUCCAGUGCUUUGGAGUACCUGAAAUUACUUCAUUCUUUCGUGGACUCUGUGGGGUUUGCAGCCCCACCAUUCUGCAGCAGCUCUGUGCUCAAGUCAGCCCUUGGUCCAGACGUCAUCUGCCGCUGGUGGACAUCUGCAGUCACAUUGGCCAUCAGCUGGCUCCAGGGAGAUGAUGCAGCUGUGCGCUCCUGUUUUACCGACGUGGAGCGUGUCCCCAAGGCCCUGGAAGUGACUGAGAGCCCCCUGGUGAAGGCUGUCUUCCAUGCCUGCAAAGCUAUGCAUACCUCGCUCUCUGGGAAAGCAGAUGGGCAGCAGAAUUCCUUCUGCCAUUGUGAGAGGGCCAGCGGCCACCUGUGGAGCAGCCUCAAUGUCAGCGAGGCCACCUCUGACCCCACCCUCAACCACGUGGUCCAGCUGCUCACCUGUGACCUGCUGUUGUCACUGCGGACAGCACUCUGGCAAAAGCAAGCGGGUGCCAGCCAGGCCCUGGGUGAGACCUACCAUGCAUCAGGGGCCGAGCUGGCUGGCUUCCAGCGAGACCUGGGCAGCCUGCGCAGGCUAGCACACAGCUUCCGCCCAGCGUAUCGCAAGGUGUUCCUGCAUGAAGCUACCGUGCGCUUGAUGGCAGGAGCCAGCCCCACUCGUACGCACCAGCUGCUAGAGCACAGCCUUCGCCGCCGCACCACCGAGAGCACGAAGCACGGAGAGGUGGACGCCUGGCCUGGCCAGCGAGAGCGGGCCACUGCCAUCCUGCUGGCAUGUCGCCACCUUCCUCUCUCCUUCCUCUCCUCCCCGGGCCAGCGGGCCGUGCUGCUGGCCGAGGCUGCCCGCACGCUGGAGAAGGUGGGCGACCGGCGCUCCUGCAACGACUGCCAGCAGAUGAUUGUCAAGCUGGGCGGCGGCACUGCCAUUGCCGCCUCCUGACCACCGGGCAUGGCCUCCCUCCCUCUGCCUUUGUCUUAGUGUCUCUCCCAGGACCCCCUCUGUCUCUGACUCUCCCUCUGCUCUCCCUCUGAGAGCUGUGGGGAUGGCCUCGUCUUCUGAGCUAUUUGCUGCAAGGCUUUGGCACCACUGCAGGCCAGAGGGCCAGGCAGAGCACCUCAAAGCUGCGGUCCGUAGACACCUCAGUUUGCGCCCCAGCGUGCAACGAGGGACGACCACAGGCAGAGAUGGAGCGGUUCCUUCCGAGAGCCCCUGCCUCCAGCCCUCGGAGACCCUGCACAUCUCCCCUCUCUGCUUCCUCUGGGGGCCAGGUCUCUGGGCACCCGGGAGCACUGUGCCCUCGGUAUGGGACGGUGCCCAGCACACCCUCCCUCUUUUUAUAUGAAUGUUUUUAUAUCUGUGUGCUUGGGUCUGCUGUGAUGCAGGGCGAAGCUGCUGUGGCAUCGUUAUGUCUCCCCAGGUCUGCGCCCCUCCCCUGUGCCUGACUCAGCCAGUGCAUUGUUUUCUUGUCAUUCCAUGGGACAGCCAGGGAAGGAGGGAGCCCGGCCUGGGAGGUGCUUGGGGAGCAGGGGCAGGCCUGGGGAUGGGUAAAAUAAUGUUGGCAUUAUUUUUUAAUUUUUUACAAAAAUAAACGGUAUCUUAUUUAAUUGUCCUGUUCUUCCCACUCCCCUGCCCCCUGGGACAGCAGCCCAAGUUCAGGGUAGGCCCAGGGCUGGGAGGGAUGAAGCCACCUAUUGGGCCUGGGGUCCAGGGGUCUUCAGUGCAGACUCUUGGUUCCCUCCUACCCCUACCCGCCUACCUCCAUAGUAUAUUUUUAUUCCUGAUUCUUGUCCUGAAAAUGAGCCAAGGUAGCAGAGACCAGCCCCAAUCCCUCCCCAGUGACAUGCCUCUUCGGGCUGGGGGCCAGGAAUGAGGUCCCUCGCCUUGAUGGGGUCCCAGAACAACUGAUGCCCCUUUUCUGGAUCCCCGGCUCAGGGCCUCCCUGGUGACUUCCUCCCGGGCCUCCUGAGGGAUACAGCACUUAUCACGCCUUGGAACUUCUGGGGACGGGGUGGGCGGGAGCCCCAGCACAAAUGAGGGGUACCCUCAGCAGGGUACCGUUGGUCUGCUCGGGCCUCAUCCAUUCUCAGUCUCUUGCCCCUUCCCUGUCACUGUAAUUUAUGCACCCUGCCCAGGAGGGCAGCCAGCCCUUGUGUCACGUGUAUAUACUGUGCCUUUUCUCCUUACUGGUUUUUUUUGGGGGGGUUCACUGAAAAGGGGAAUACACUGAUGGCUUCCUUGAUGUUCAAUCAUUGCCAUGUCCUGGACAUUGGUUAUUCAAUAAACACAGAUUGGUACCACCCAGCA